UACUAAUUAUUACCUUGAAUAACAAAAGAAGUUUUUUAACACUUUUUUUUUAUAGAUUUUUUGAAGACUAAAUUGAUUUUGAACAAUAAUCAUGAAUUGUUUUCCUUGUUUCACUUCAAAAAAGAGCAAAAGCUCUCCUUGUACGAACGAGACCAACGAACACGAUGAACACGAAGAAUUUAGACCACCUGUGGCGAUGACGAAAAGAACUGAAGAACGAGAAACAGAACAAUCGUCAGUGAAAACAUUCAAUUUCCGAGAAUUAGCAACGGCGACCAAGAAUUUCCGGCAAGAAUGUCUUUUAGGAGAAGGUGGAUUUGGCAGGGUUUACAAAGGAACCCUUCAAUCUACUGGCCAGUUGGUAGCUGUAAAACAGCUAGACAAGCAUGGAUUACAUGGUAACAAAGAGUUUCAAGCUGAAGUCUUGUCGUUGGCUAAACUCGAACACCCAAAUCUUGUUAAGCUUAUAGGAUAUUGCGCUGAUGGUGAUCAACGACUUUUAGUCUUUGAAUAUGUUUCUGGAGGUUCCCUUCAAGACCAUCUUUACGAACAAAAAUCAGGGCAGAAGCCGAUGGAUUGGAUAACGAGGAUGAAAAUUGCGUUUGGUGCAGCACAAGGAUUGGAUUACUUGCACGACAAAGUGAAUCCACCAGUGAUAUACCGAGAUUUGAAAGCUUCUAAUAUCUUGUUAGAUGCUGAGUUUUACCCUAAGCUUUGUGACUUUGGUCUGCAUAAUCUAGAACCUGGGACAGGUGAUAGUUUGUUUCUUUCUUCUCGGGUUAUGGACACUUAUGGUUAUUCUGCCCCUGAAUACACUCGAGGGGAAGAUCUCACUGUCAAAUCAGAUGUUUAUAGCUUUGGAGUUGUAUUGCUUGAACUCAUCACUGGUAGGAGAGCUAUUGACAACACUAAGCCUAAUGAUGAACAAAAUUUAGUUGCUUGGGCACAACCAAUAUUUAAAGAUCCAAAAAGAUAUCCGGAUAUGGCUGAUCCUCUCUUGAAGAAGAAUUUCUCAGAGAGAGGGUUAAAUCAAGCUGUGGCAAUAACAUCAAUGUGUCUACAAGAGGAACCAUCUGCUCGUCCUUUGAUAAGCGAUGUAAUGGUUGCCCUUAGCUUCCUUUCAAUGUCUACGGAAGAUGGUAUUCCAACCACAGUGCCAAUUUUGUCCUUCAGGGACAAAAGUAUGUCGAUUGCUUUAAGCAGACACGGUUCUUGUUCGGUAACUCCUUUUUCUCUUCCUCGGAAAGAGGAAGACGAAAUCUCUAGCUCUUCAUCAGAAUCGGAAGAUGAUGAAGAAGAAAUAAAACAAGAACCAAUAAGAAGUCAGAAAAAGCAAGAGGAGGAAGAGACAACGACACAUUCAAAUGAUGGGUCUGAUUCAAACUCCGAAAAAGAUCAAGAAGGGGAACAUUCUCACUUACCAAAACCCAGAGACUCUAGUAGUUCCUCCUCUAACUCUGGAAGUGAGAGACGAUCCAUUGAUGAAACAAAUGCAGCUGCACAGAGCUUGAAGAUAAAGUAUAGUUAUAGCUCUGAGGAAGAAGAUAACGAGAGGCUAAGUAGUAAAACCAGUUCUAAAUCAAGCGAAGAAAGCACUUUUUCACGGUCUAACAGCGAUAGAGAUCAUGUUGAUUCACCAAGUAACACAAACAUGCGAGUCAAUAGCCUUGUUCAUAAUGAUUCGCCGAGGAAUACAAGCAUGCGAAUUAAUAGCCUUGCUUAUGAUGAUUCGCCGAGGAACACAAGCAUACGAGUCAAUAGCCUUGCUCAUGAUGAUUCGCCGAGGAAUGCAAGCAUGAGAAUCAAUAGUCUUGCUCAUGAUGGUUCGCCGAGAAACACAAGCAUGCGAAUCGAUAGUCUUGUUCAUGAUGAUGAUGAUGAAGAAGAAGAAGAGAUAGAAAAUCAUGAAACUCGGUUUGAGCAAAUUCAUAGCUCAAAAUUUAAAGACCAAAGUGUUUAUUCGGAUGAUGAUACCGAGGAGGAAAGUGGUGAGUCGUCUUUGCAUCAGAUCGAAUCAGAGGAAGAGGAACACAUUUCUUCUGAUCAUGAUUAAUCUUUUCAAGAGUUAUUUCUUAGAAGUUGAUGAUAAAGAAAGUCAUCUUUCAACACAUUUGCAACAAAACUUUUCGUAUUGAAACACCUCGAUUGUCAUACAAAUCUAAUAUAUGUCCACAUUUCUUUUGUGAAAAAUGAAACUUAAACACAAAAAAUAAUAUGUAAAUAUCUUUAAUACUAUAUCUUAAUU